CGACCGUGACAAAAUGGUCUGACAUCUGAUGAUUCCGUUGUCAUCUUCCUCAACUAGCCAUGUCGUCCCAACUGCCGGCGGCGGCGGAAUCUCCGCCACCCGCUCCGACCACCAUAUUCACCAUCGGCGACGACCUCCUCCUGGAGAUCUUCGUCCGGCUCCCCUCCCUCGCGACCCUCGUCCGCGCCGCCUUCGCCUGCCGCAGCUUCCUCCACGCCGUCCGUUCGUUCCCCACCUUCCGCCCCAGGUUCCGCGCGCUCCACCCGCCACCCCUCAUCGGCCUCUUCCUCAUGCACCGCGUCGGCGACAUCCCUUCCUUCGCCCCCCUCCGCGGCCGCGCCGAUCCGGACCAAGCCGCCCUCAUCCGCGGCUCCGAUUUCUUCCUCACCCGCCUCCCGGACGACCAAGGCUUCUGGAACAUCGACGACUGCCGCGACGGGUACCUUCUUCUCCACAACUGGCAAAACAGGGUGUUAGCCGCCUACAGCCCCCUCGACGGGGUGCUGCAUCGGAUCCCCUCGCCACCGGAGGCGGUCCGCGAGCUCUAUAUUCUGUCCUCCCCCGAAGAACGCCAUGGGUCGUUCCGCCUUGUCUGCAUCCAUGCGGACGGCUUGAAGGUGCGUCCAGUUGUGUUCUCAUCGGACACCGGGGAGUGGCAGGUUCUACCGUGGACGGAGGCUGCGACGAUCAACAAGGACCAUCCCGAGGACGACAAGCACUGCCUCUCGCCAAGGGCUGGAAGGCUGGUGAAUGGGCGCAUCUACUGGACAAGAUACGACUACCUGAUUGUGCUGGACACCAUGACGAUGCAGUUCACUUCAAUGGAUCUGCCGCCCUUCAUGGAUGGGCAAAAACCUUUCGUGCUUGGUGAGACCCAGGAUGAUAAGCUCUGCAUGGUUUGUGCAAUUGAUGACAAGCUCAUGAUUGCUGUUUGGGUCUGGAAAGCCGACGAUGACCGUGUCGAGAAAUGGAUGCUCGACAAUGAGAUUAGAUUGGGUGAGAUCCCUGUGAUGAAGCUGGUGGCGGUUAACCAUGGGUUUCUGCACUUGCACUUGAUUGCCAUCCAGAACCCCAACACUGUUCCUCUUUGCUCCUUCUUCUCCUUCUGCCUGGAGACAGCAGAGCUGAAGAAAAUAUUUUCUCUCUAUGAAUACGAACUAGAAAGGUCCUAUCCCUACAUCAUGCCGUGGCCUUCUUCUUUGGUGUGCAACAAGAUGAACCCUCGAAUUGAAGGUGCUUGACUGAGAAGAAGGAAACUCAAACAGAAUUAUUUUUUGCUUUCUAUCUUUAUAUUAUGAACUGAUGUUCUGCUAUGGUAGUAUAUGGAUGUCAUGCUGUUUAGUUUUAGUCAUGUGUCGAAUAAAUCAAGACAAUGUAUCUUUUUAGGAAUUUCAAGUCAUUUGUAUACUUUCAGCAAUGAUGUGAGAAAUCCCAUAUAUCCAAAUAAGUAAACUAACUUGCAACCCGACCACUGGCUUCUUUGAUCAAUUUCAACUUUGUUCUAUAGCGUGAAAAAGACCUGUUUUGAAGAUCAAUCCUUCUGGCCUACUGUAUUGUAACUAUUAGUCUAAGGUUGCAAAGCCGAUUGGAUGUUCUUUUAGUGUAUUCCCUUGAUCACAUUGUUGCAAAUACAAAUAUCAUUCUUGGCCUCGUUAUAUAUACCACUAAAAACUUGUCUAGGAAUUAUUAUGAUCUGUUGACAAACAAGAUUUCUUAUUUAACUGGGAGAGCAUUGUUUCUCAUAUAAUUCUACAAGCAAGACUAUAUCUUGCUUGUAAUGCUAUAAAACUGAAAGAGAAUACCAUUCUGUAAACGUUCUUCCAGAAAUGUGGGGAUGGUGGAGCAGUGAAGACAGACUCGUGCAGUGUCAAGUCCUACUCAUCUCAUCUGACAAACAAAGUUGCUGUACUCCCUUUUUGAUGCCACUUAGCUCUUUGCUGCAUUCCUUGGUGUUCAUCAGUGUAGCAUCCACAAUUUUAGGCUGUAUUAUGGAAGAAGGCUCAUUUUCAAUCUUUGUGUGGAUGAUGUUUUUGGGUCAGCGAUAAGUAUAAUUUCUUAACUAUCAGAUUUGGGCUCCUGGUGACUUUGCUUCCUUGAUGACCGUUUCUUUUUUCACACUCCACUCUUCCUCUUUCUUGUCAGCUCCUCACAACUGGGUUUUGGCUCUUUCAUCUCUUUUGUAAGGUAUAUCAGUAGUCUUUCCUCUAGGAGGAUCAGCUUUUGAAUCUUGACACAAUGCCCGGGCCUCUUUGUGUGUUUUCAUCCUAAUCAAAGCUUUUACUGCGCAUUCUCCGGCUACUCCUUGUUGGAUUCUCUUGCUUAUAUUUGUCUUUGUUGACAACAUUUUGGCUCAUUCGGUUAUGUGCAAUGUCCUACAGAUUUCGUGCUGACCGUGCCUUUUUCUGGUAGCUUUUUUUUUUCUCCACUAAAGGCUGGUCGGAAAGCGCAGCCCGUGAACUGAAUCAAGUAUUCUGAAUUUCUAAUUCGCAAGCAUAUUGAUUUUGAUGACCGAACAGGCAUGAGGCGGAUCCAAUCGAAAUGAAACGGGUUUAGAAAUCAACAAUCAGAUGAACAAACUAUUAGUGAUGGAGAAAAUACAUGUAAGAAACUAAUCUUUUGCUGGACAAGUAGAAUACAACAAGAUUUUAAUUGGUAGACAUGACUUAGUGGUCUAUGUUACUAUUCUUUGGUGGAUUUAAAGUAUGAAGACUGCCUGGAGAUUCCUCAAAAUUCUACCUGUGACUUACCCCUGGAUUAACAAUUUCACCCCUGGAGAUUCAUGUGCCUCGCCGAACUAUCAUCCAGCGUCCUCCUCCACUGCCACUUGGCAACGCUGGAGGAAGACCCGAACUGGCACCAUACACAGAUCUGGGAGUGACAUUCUGUUGGGUGUUAGAACCCAUGCUGUGUUUCACUGGGAUUUGGAUGCGAUUUGCAAUCAGAAGGGAGCCACUCUGCCAUUGGCAAGCCAACUAAACUGCGCACCCAUGGCGGAGGGGGUUUCCAUGAUUGCGGAGUUGUUGCUCCCGACGGUCUCCGGCCUUCCGCUUCUGGUUGGGACACGCCUGCUUGAGGACGCUGUGGGGUUCUUCACUGUUUGUUCACAGGGGUUCGUCGAUUUUGGUGCUGCAGCUGCAUGUAGGACUCGAAUUGAGCAGGGUUGAUGCAUAUAUGUUCGGACAGUAGAUUUGAAUAUGAUGGUUGUUACCAAAAGUGCAUAGAUCAGCAGUAGUUGAAAAUGUAAGGCUCUCUAAAACUCUUCUCAUACUAGCACCAGAAGGAUGAAACCGUUAAUUUUUCCAGGACUCGAAAUAGUACGAAGCAGAUAUCUUCUAUCACCCCAGAUCUCAUUUGUCUCAUUGUAAUUGGUAUGAUCUCUCAGCUAAAGUCGACAACUUAUGAAACUUAUCUGUUUAUUUUGUGUCACGAAUAUAGAAAUAUUGGUGAAAAGCUUCAUAGGCCAUUAUUUACUUUUUUUUUGAGAUGGGCCAUUAUUUACUUGAAUCGCAGUUGCUUUAUGAUUUGUGUGAUUUUCAUUUGGGGUAUUGCAUUUGGUUUCUGCUGUUAUUUUAGACUUCACUGCAAACUAACAGGGACCUACUCGCUUUGUUUGCAACUGUGCAGUCAUGAUAUUGCUACCUGUGGUACCCACUUUGUUUGCUCUGGUAAGACUGCUCUUCAGUUCUUUGGACUUUUUAGUUGUUAACUGUGGUCAGUCACUUAUCUUGCUGCCAAACUUACUUUGUAACAACAGAGUGCUUUGGUACAUCACCUCAUACUUUAGUCCCAUUAUUGUUUGCUUAUUAUAUUUGGACACAUGUCUAUCUUUCUUAGUGGCUUUGCUAAUUCUCAAUCGGUUGUUAUUUUCUUAAAGGAUGUUCUCAAAGAAUUACUAUGCAGUUUUUUUUGUUUUGCUUUGGAGUUUGGUAGCUGUCCAUCAAGGCAAUUAUUUCUACAGUCUGACAGGUCUUCCUCACUUUAGUGAAUGACAGAUGAAUUUCGUGUAGUAAUAGUUCUUUACUGAAUCUUUUAGUUGUAGAAACGGUUCCUUCACUUGUAUUACGUGGAAUUUUCAUGAAUAAUGAUAGUCUUCUGGUGCUCUUGAGUGCUUCAUAUCGUGUGCCGUAAAUUAGUAUUGUUGUUUUUUGCUAUAUAAAUAGCUGUUACUCACAUUUUUGUAUUUGCUGAUUGCAAAUACCUAAGCACUUACCAAAUAUCCUUUUGUCAUAUCCUGGGUUGUAGCGCUGAAGAAUUUGAUGCUUUGUGUCUAGCCCAAUGCAUAGCUGUAAUUUAUUUGUUUUAUUCGCUUGAGUUUCUGGUUAUAUAUUUCUUAUAUGAAAGAUCAAGGAAACAAAAGGUCAACAAACAGUCUAUGGUGCUACUAUUGUAUGGAUAAUCAUUCAGACUUUUCUGGUAUGAACCAUAUUGUCUCUUUCUGUUGCAGCUGCUAACUUUCCUGUAGACAAUGAUUGGGAUGAUUUAAUUGUCUAUGUGUCUGCUUGCCUCACUAUAACUUUGUUGCCUCAUUGCUUCUUGCCACUGUUGUUAGAUUAUACUCUUUACAGAAUGUUAACACGUUAACUAAAAGUACUUGAUGGUUCUAAAAGUUAAUACAGUCAUGUGUAUAAUUAAACCUCUAAAUUUUCACCGGGACAUUCUAUUUCUUGGGUGCAGCUUCAGUUCUUGAUGAGGACUUGGCUGGGGAGAUACCAGAUGGUCCUUUAUCUCCACCUCGGCAGAUAUUUAGUGCGGCCAAGAUUGGUACCAGCAGUCAACUCAGAUUCAUAAUAGCAGUCACAUGUUAUGAUCACUUGAGUUUUUUUUUAGGAAGAACUGUAAGGCAUUUGGUCAGUAUUGCUGUAAGGACAUGAUUGCUAGUAAAAUAUACAGUUGCAUUUGGAUCA